GUUGCAGUCCGUUUUUCUUGCAGCAGCACGGGGGGAUUGGUCCGGAAAACCCGAACCCCGAUCACGAGCAGAACGGUGCACUGGAUUAAAAGCGGGUUUCGCGAGUGCUGCAUAUCGAUCUCACGCGAGCGACGUCACGGGGAGACGGUUUUUCACGGGGGUCGAGCAGAACAUCGAUUCUCUCUCUCUCUCUCUCUCUCUCUCUCUCUCUCUCUCACACACACACACACACACACACACACCAGUCAAUACCCCAAGCUUAGAGUCUGGUCAGUUAUAUUCUACUCAGUUUCCGUGGUCUGUAUUCUCCAGCAUCAACUGCUACAGACUGAAGCUCGAGAGGAAACGCAUCCUGGAUUUUCUUCUCGAAUCUCUAUGCUUUGGAUCGAAGGGAUUUGAGGCCCCUUUGGGGUGGUGGGGGGGUUUAACCCACAAUAAUUAGAUUUAAACAAACCCCCCCGCCUAAGACUCAAAGUCUAUUUUUAAACCAAAUAACUUUUCACAUACCUUCUCACAUACAGAUCCAAAAUAGACUAUCUAGACUUCAUAUUCGCAGCUUUGCGUGGGAUAUUAGCCCUGCCAGGGCAUUUCACAGACUAUCCAGCAUUCAUCUUCACCCUCGGAUCUCCAGGCGGUAUAAACACCUCUGACAAGGCCGAGAUCGAGCGCUGCUCCGCGGACACCGCGCUCCAUCGUUCACGCCUCUGAUAUCCGAUAUCUCACGCCUGGACCGUAUACUAUCAGACCUCCCCCGGGGUGGUCUGCCUCUGAACGGUGGUCCUCCGUGUGUUUUGGAUUGAAUUUGGCGAUCGGAUUUCUCCUACACCCUGAGCCCCGUCGCCCGCCAUGCCCGGCCCGGUGGCCGGUAGUAAAUCUCGGGUGUAUGCCGAUGUCAACACUUUGAAGAGCAGGGAAUACUGGGACUACGAGGCCCAUGUGCCCACCUGGAGUAACCAGGAGGAUUACCAGCUGGUACGGAAGCUCGGGAGGGGCAAAUACAGUGAAGUCUUCGAGGCCAUCAGCGUCAACAGCAAUGAGAAGGUGGUGGUCAAAAUCCUCAAGCCUGUCAAGAAAAAGAAGAUCAAGAGAGAGAUCAAGAUCCUGGAGAACCUGCGAGGAGGAACCAACAUCAUUCAGCUAAUGGACACAGUAAAAGACCCUGUGUCUCGAACACCUGCGCUUGUCUUUGAAUGCAUCAAUAACACAGACUUUAAGGAGCUGUAUCAAAAGCUGACAGAUUACGAUAUACGUUUUUAUAUGUAUGAACUACUAAAGGCUCUGGACUACUGCCACAGUAUGGGGAUCAUGCACCGCGAUGUCAAACCCCACAAUGUUAUGAUCGACCACCAGUUAAAAAAGCUGAGAUUGAUAGACUGGGGUCUCGCUGAGUUCUAUCACCCCGCACAAGAGUACAACGUCAGAGUGGCUUCACGCUAUUUCAAGGGUCCAGAAUUGUUGGUGGACUACCAGAUGUAUGAUUACAGUCUGGACAUGUGGAGUCUGGGCUGCAUGCUGGCCAGUAUGAUCUUUCAAAAAGAGCCUUUCUUUCAUGGCCAAGACAACUAUGAUCAGUUGGUGCGGAUCGCAAAAGUUCUCGGGACGGAUGAGUUAUUUGGCUACCUGCGCAAAUACCACAUUGAACUGGAUCCACGAUUCAAAGACCUGCUUGGCCAGCAGACACGGAAGCGCUGGGAACAGUUUGUGCAGACGGAGAACCAGCAUCUGGUGAGUCCAGAGGCUCUGGACCUUCUCGACAAGCUGCUACGCUACGACCAUCAGCAGAGACUGACCGCCACCGAGGCCAUGGAGCACCCUUAUUUCUAUCCAGUGGUGAAGGAGCAGUCUCACACUAAUACAGACGGCACCAUAGUGUCAAGUGGAACCAACACACCCCGAUGAGAGCUGGACCCGGAAAAAGGAAGGCAUUUGUUACCUCAAUUUUUUAUCCCUCGUGUCUGAAACCUCUUCAAGUGUACAGUGAAAGUUGGAUCUAAGCAGCACCUGUUACACCUCGUCUCUCAGACACACACACACACACACACAUGCACACUCACAUACACUCACACCGACACAGACAUUUCAGCUUUCCUGUGUCUGUCAAGGUUGGUCUGCCCUUCUAUAACAGGUCUGUUCCUAUAGCUUGAAGAUUUCAAAGCUUUCCCUCCCAAGUUUUAAAUGAAAGGAAUAUAUCCUCAACUCCACCCCCCAGGUACACUGGCCCCUCCCACCUUAAACUAGGCAUGGAGAAUGAGAGCAGAAUGAACCCCGCCCCCUCUCUCUUUACUGGUCUGUGUGUCCGUCUGUUCAGUAUUCAGACCUUGGCGCAGCCUCUACAUACUGUAGUAAUAAAGUGGCAUGGUGGACCUUUAUUUCUUUGCUCUAAGUAGAUUGAUUACUAUAUUAAUGAAAAUAAAUGAUUUUUAUUUAGAUUUA